AUGGAGAAAGGAGCGAUCACUGACGGGCAGAUUAGUUCUUCGUCACAGCUUGAUGCCAACCAUGAAGCCAGCCAGGCUAGACUGAACUUGAAAGGAUCGUGGUCAGCUUUCGCUAAUGAAGCUGAGCAAUGGCUACAGAUUGAUCUAGGUAGCAAUCCUGUCACUGUCACACGGGUGGCAACGCAAGGAAGUAAUUUAAAGAGCCAGUGGGUAAUAAAUUACACGCUGAAAUACGGCGACGACGGUCUGAAUUUCCAUUUGUACAAACAACAAGGACAAAGUGAACACAAGGUUAGACACCUCUGCAGACUUUUACAUUGUGGGGAGUUUGUUACUUUUGUAAAGAUGUGAUUGUUGUUUGUCAAAAACAGUAGAUACAGCAAAUAGUUGACUAAGGAAGCAAAAUAAAGUUCAGUAAUCUUUUUCACCGCAUGUAACCCUUAAACCCAAAAAGUUAUUAUCAAAGACAGUGUAUUCAUGUUGUAAGUUUUGAGAUCUUGCGCAUCCUUUACCCCUUCGUUAGUGAACUGUACUUUUGUUAUUCGUCAUUUCGUUCACCGUGCUUAAUGUCCUCAUUCAACUCCCUCUGAGGAGUCAGUCGGGGUGAGUGAGGCUAGUAAAAGUUUCCAGCACCAAGCAAGCAAGAAGGGGGUUCAUGUGGGGUCGAGGAUAAUUUGUGGUCCGUUUUAUGAUCCUUUCCAUUUGGAGGUGUUGUGGUCGGGGCUCAUUUGCGGUACUGUUCCUGUUUUGAAAUUCACUGUUUUCUAAAAGUAAUUUUAAUUAACAUGUUCCCCAAAAUCCAUGCUGUCAGCUUUCCGAAGUUUCAAACACAUAGAGUUGUAAUGGGGGCAGGCCUAACCUAUUGCAGAACCUGAAAAAGCAUCCGAGUAACGCGUAAAGAAAAAAUAGUCAGCAGUUCUUAGGAAGGAAAAAACGACUUCAGGUCCCAGUCUACUCGCAACCAAGUCACAACCGACUGCAAUAGACCAGAGAAGCAGCAAAACUGUCAAACAUUAGAAGUCUGACAGUACAGUGUAAAAGUUUAUUCGAAAAUGAUAUUAUUUUAAACUGGAAAAUCAAUGUCUCCCUGCUACUGGAAAGACUCAGCCGUUAACCUUUUCCCAAGAGGUCAUUUCAAGAUACCUCUUGUUUCGUCCUAAAAGUAAUUGGACAAGGUUCCUUUUGUUCCCGAAAACCCCUGUAGUCCAGCCAUACGGUGUAAAAAAAAAAAUAGCUGAAUUGUGCACUUUGGGGUAAAAGCAUCAAACUCGGCACAGUGAUAAUACUAGUUGCACUCAUUAUUUUUAGCUAUGGACCCCACUUAAACAUGCACGGGGGAGGCACAUUGUGCCCUUGGGGGGGAGGGGUCAUAGCCUUUUUGUUUUAGUCCGAAAAAGACUCAAAAACGGGAAGAAAGCGGCCUAAAAAUCUUUUGCAUUCUCAUUUUCUUCAAAGUAGUGCAAGGUAACCCUAUAAAAUACCUGUUACUUUCUUUUCUGAGAGAUUUUCUGAAAUUAUUUUAAAAGAGUGUGUAAGUGAUUCUUGUCACAAGGGAAAGCCACGUAGAAGCAAGUUGAGUUCUGAAGGGCGGAAUUAAUUUGAGUUAAAGCAUUACAGUAUUAUACAUGCACCCCCUGACACUUCAAAACACUUCAUUCAUAUUUUUGAGACACCUCCUGAUGGAACAAACAAGACUGCACACGGAAGAAACAAAAGGCCAGGGUACUCAAGGAAAUUCUGCAUGGCGGACAGGAAUGGCUGGUCUUUUUGCUCUCUCGUUUGAGAGACAGUAUGCCGUUUUUCACCCUUGGAAAGAUAAGAUGUUUCAUUUUUACACUUUGAUUGAAGUGAAAUGCGCUUUUUGGGAAUUUAAUUGCUCAGCCAAACUACUGCAAAAAUAAAACAUGAGACACUUACAGAGACCUUCAGAGCGUGAUCGAGUAGGUCCUAUUAUUUUGAUUUAUGCAACGGGGAGUUAUUAACCACUUUAUUGCGGGCGACAAGACUAGCCCGCAGUUUUAAUCUUCAGGUUAUUAUUAUGCAUGCAUCGCAGGUAUGUAGCCGGCAUUCGUUUGGACUUCCACUUGUAAGGAUCAGUGGAAUUCACGGAAAGCAAUUUGAUCACUCGCAUUUGGAUCUUCUCUCGUCACUCAGAAUCUGAUCACGCGUGUUUGGAACAUCUAUCAUUUGAAACUUGCACCGCGUUGGAGUAAAAGCGUUUUCAUCUUCCAUCGCUGUCGCCCUCUCUCCGUAACCUUUGGUUUUUUCUUGUUUUCAAUAAUAAAUUGAUCUCUCUCAGACUCUAUUGUCAUCUUUACAAUUAUCAAAAAUGAAAGUGCCGAGUUGAGGAGAAAAAGGAGAAAAGAACGAAAAAGCUUAUAGUUCACAUCAGUUCACAGAACCUCUACUUUUAUCCUAAGUGGAACAUAAGAGACAUUUCUCGCAUCCCUAAAGACAACACUACUCGGUAAAAUGUUAAGUGCAAAUUUUUGUACAAAGC